CACACAGAACACAAACAAAAAUUCACAAUUAGUAUCGUCGUAGAAGAAACAAAGACAACUCUAAUAAUGGGUUAUUAUCCAUAAUAAUCCUCACACCAAAAAGAAAAAAGAAAAAAAAAAAAGACAAACAAACGAAAAAAGACAGAAAAAAAUCAGUUAAAGAUAGGGUUUUUAUAUUUCCCGGCGAAAAAAUGGAGAAAUCUGGAAACCAUCACGCAACGGAAUCAUCGGAAUCUCAUCUUCACAAAUCCGACGAUCACGAUCACAAACAACAUUCCGAUGAUUCGGAACAAAACCUGCAUUCAUCGACGCCGGAAUCGAAAUCGGAAUCCUCCUCCGAACUAAGCCUUCUCCAAGUCAUGGAAGCCGUCGACGGUUUCAUCGAAUCACUUUCUUCCGAGAAGGACGAUGAUCAGGUACAGGAGAUUCCACCGGCGGUGGAGCCAUUCCCUGAGACGGUGGAUUCAUUGGUGUCGAAGAUGGAAUCUUCUGGUCUGGGACGAGACGAAACAGAGGACUCUGCUUUCAUCGACGCCGUUAACCGGAUUUCGAAAUCGGUUAUGAGAUUGCGGGAGCUUAAACUAGAUUCAACUCCGGUUUCUUCUUGGUUAAACCGGGCGAGUUCGGUUCAGCACCACGCUGUAUCUCUUCUAGACGAAGAGUUCCGUCAUCUUCUAGAUCGGUGCAGAGAAGAGAAGAAGAACAGAAACAACAGCGACGGGAACAGCUCCGAUCACAACCAUUCUUCAGCAACCGAAUCCGAUCGGUGCGUUUUACCGGACAAUGAGGAGGAGGAGGAAGAAAGAUUCCCGGAUUUUUCACCGGAAUCGAUCUCGACGUUGAAGAAGAUCGCCGGAGCGAUGAUCUUCGCCGGUUACGAAUCAGAGUGUUGCAUGUCCUACGAAAUGUCGAGACGGCACGCGUUCAAGGAGGAGCUUAGCGAGGUUGGAUUCGAAGGGAUCAACGUUGAAGACGUUCAGCGAAUAGCUUGGGAAUCUCUUGAAGGUGAAAUCGCUUCGUGGAUCUCUAUCGUUCGCCGUUGCUCCACCGUGCUUUUCCCCGGCGAGCAUUCUCUCUGCAACACCCUGUUCUCCGAUCAAGACCAUGCCGCUAUUCGUAAACGACUCUUCACCGGUCUGGUCUCCGCUGUUACAAUCCGGUUCUUAGAUUUCUCCGGUGCCGUGGUUCUGACGAAACGGUCGUCGGAGAAGCUUUUCAAGUUCCUAGACAUGUACGAGACGCUACGUGACUUGAUCCCUGCCGUGGAACAAACUGAUUCAGAUCUGAUCCAGGAGAUAAAACUAGCUCAGACGAGGCUAGGUGAAGCAGCAGUGACUAUAUUCGGAGAGCUUGAGAAGUCGAUUAAGAGCGACAACGGAAGAACACCGGUUCCGAGCGGCGCGGUUCAUCCGUUGACACGUUACACCAUGAACUACCUCAAAUACGCUUGUGAGUACAAAGACACACUAGACCAAGUGUUCCAACACUACGAAUCCAAUCAAACAGAUUCCAUACAUGAACCAGAGACAAAACCAAAGCAACAGCAACGAGAAGACGAUGAAGAGUACAAAACGUCCGCUUUCGCUAGACAAAUGAUAAGGGUGAUGGAGUUGCUUGACGCAAAUCUAGAUAUCAAAUCCAAACUGUACAGAGACCUAUCCCUGCGAUACAUAUUCUUGAUGAACAAUGGCAGAUACAUUCUGCAGAAGAUUAAAGGGUCGAUUGAGAUAAGGGAUUUGAUGGGACAGUCAUGGACAAGGAAAAGGUCGACAGAGCUGAGACAGUACCAUAAGAGCUACCAGAGAGAGACUUGGGGCAAAGUGUUGCAAUGUAUGAAUCAAGAAGGGUUACAGGUAAAUGGGAAAGUGUCUAAGCCGGUUUUGAAGGAAAGGUUCAAAAUUUUCAAUGCUUUGUUCGAUGAGAUUCACAAGACACAGAGCACUUGGAUUGUGAGUGAUGAGCAGAUGCAGUCGGAGCUAAGGGUGUCGAUCUCGGCAUUGGUGAUUCCGGCUUAUAGGUCUUUCUUUGGGAGGUAUAAGCAACAUCUUGAUUCAGGGAAGCAGACGGAUAAGUAUGUCAAGUAUCAGCCUGAGGAUAUUGAAUCUUUCAUUGAUGACUUGUUUGAUGGCAACCAUCCUACUUCUUUGGCACGCAAGAGAAAUUGAUAACUACUUGCAUCUCAAGCUAUGAGGAGAACACGACUUGUUCCUUUUGCUUCUUCCUUCUUUUUUUUUUUUUUCCUAUUUCAACCCUUCUAUCAUUAUCUUUCAUUGCCUUCAUGUUUAUAGAACCCGAGAAGCUACCAUGAAAACUUUUUGUUUUUUUCUUACUUUUAAAAGUUUGAGAUUUUUUAUA